CGGGUUGGCCGGGCGCGGGGGGGAUAAUGCCCGGGGGGCGCCUUUGUGCCGCAGAGGCGGCGGCGGCGGCGGCGCGGCGGGAGCGACCGGCAGCAGCGGCGGCCCCUCGGCGCGGCUGCACUAUGACUCUGGCGGAGCUGCCCGGGGACCACCGCGCCGCCGGGAGGAUGGAGCAGGCGGGGGACGCGCUGGAGGAGGUGCUGAGCAAGGCGCUGAGCCAGCGGAGCCUCACCCUCGGCGUCUACGAGGCCGCCAAGCUGCUCAACGUGGACCCGGACAACGUGGUGCUGUGCCUGCUGGCGGCCGACGAGGAGGAGGAGGCGGCGGACGCGGCCCUGCAGAUCCACUUCACGCUGCUGCAGGCCUUCUGCUGCGAGAACGACAUCAACAUCCUGCGCGUCAGCAACCCGGCGCGCCUGGCGCAGCUGCUGCUGCCCGCCGCCGGCCCCGAGCCGCCCGCUGACCUGCACUGCGUGCUCGUCACGAACCCCCACGCCUCGCCGUGGAAGGAUCCAGCGCUGAGUCAGCUGAUGUGCUUCUGCCGGGAGAGUCGCUACAUGGAUCAGUGGGUGCCAGUGAUCAACCUCCCCGAGCGGUGACCGCGCCGCCGCCGCACAAACUGAACCCAAUUGCACUGGAGUUUUGCAAUACUUUAGCAGUUGCUCAGGAAGUAACUCCCUGCCCUGGCACGAGGAUUACGGGGAGGGGGGGAGGCAAAAAAAAAAAAAUAAUUAUAAAACUGCUGUCAAGGGGGGGGAGGCUGAUGUUGAGCUACAUCUGGUGUGGGACUGAAGAAAAGCAACUCGGAAGCGACGGGGCUGAGUGUGGAGCGAAGCGGCUGCGUUGGGAGGAAGGAGCUGUGCUGGGGUGCACGCGCUGCGUUCCUGCCCCACCGAAAACGCCGACACCCUUCACGGCUUUGGGUUUUUUUUUAAAGUGCAACUUAACAAUUUCUGGUUUAAAUACCUUAAGGAGCAAAAAAGGUUAAUCAAAACAUUUUACAAACAAUUUUAUUGUAUUUUUGGGAUGCUAAUUCUCAAGUUUUUAUGCUAAGAUAUAUAAUAAGUUAUUUUAUGAUACUGAUGAAAAAUUAUUUAUAUUCAGAGGUUUGAGAACCAGAAUGCCCUUAAGCAGUUGGUCUGCAAUCACACAUCUUUUUACCAGUUGGCUGUUAAAAGCAGCAAUGUUAAUAGAACUGUUUGAAAUUGGAUAGUGUUUUGGUUUUGGGGGUUUUGGUUUUGCUUUUUUUUUUUUUUUUUUUUCUCUUGAAAUAAAGUUUAAACCUAACCCCUU